UUAUGCCACUGUACAAUUUAACAUCCACUUUUCACUAUUUAUGUUAUGAGUCCCAUGUAAUAGGGGGUGAGCCUUUUCCCAUAUAUCGUGUUACAGUCAAUAGGAGCCGUGCAGUUAUAAUAUAUUCGUUCAUGAGAUACAAUGCUAGGUCACCAUAAUUUUUCAGUCGUCAAAGUAAUAUUGUAGUAGUUGGUUUAUAUUGUAAGGGAGACAUUUUCCACCUUCAGUCAAAUAACACACUUAACGGAUGACAUAUAAAGCUCAUUUUCCAUUGACACUCCCUAAAAUAUGAACUGACUUAAAUAAGGUUAUAUUAUUUUAGUGUUAUUGAAAAAAAUAUUAUUGAUUUAUUGAAAUACAUAAAAUAAAAUGUGUUACUAGAUAAUCUUGUUAAAUUGAUAAGUUUUAUUUUACAUUUACUUGUGUUUUUCGUUUCUAACAUUCCUGACUGUGGAUGCCUUUUAUAAAAUAAACACCAAAUCCCAUUUUAGUUAUAGAAACUAUGUAUACUCUUUCAUAGCAAGAGUUACGAAUCGUGUAUAAACGAAGAAAAUUCGUUUUUAAAACUAAAAUGGAGUUUUAAAAUAUAUUCAAAACAAAUAUAUAUGUAGGAAAUUGGCAUUUUAAAUUGGUAAAAUGUAUUACUAUUAAAAAUAAAGUGUUUUCAUCAUAUUUCUGAAUGAGGCGAACCGAUGUGGUUUAAAAUAUGUACUGUAUAAACAUUGUAUGCAAUAAAAACUAUAUAAAAAUCAUAUAAAGAUGUUAUUUUAUUUUGUUUGACAUGUUGAAAUACUGGAAGUUUUUUAUUUGGAGUUAUACGCUCGCGUUUGUUUGUGCGAAUCACAUAUUGGAUUCUUUGAACUUCAUGAGACCGCUUGAAAGGAAUUCUGAUGUUCUUAAUUUAAAUGAAUCUUAUUUUGGAUCAUUAGAGGACUAUCAAGUGAAUGCAACUGAGACGAGUGAGUCGAAGUACCCGUGGAUAGCGCGCGUCAUACACUCGCGGAGUUCGUACGUCCCGCACAUGUGCACCGCGGCCUGCAUCGACGAGGCCAUCUUUGUUACUGCUGCCCGAUGUAUUUACAAUUUAAAAGUAAACUACACGAGAAUUCUAUACAACUCGAAGUUCUACGACGCUUUAGCGUUCGUCGUGCCUUCGGUGCCAACGAAACAAUCUUACGACGACAUAGGUUUUAUAGUGGUUCGCUCAAAGAACUCUAAAAAGUGGCCUGUGAUCAAACCAUUUAAUGGAGCUAACAGAACUGAUAAAGCGUUCGAUUGGUUCAAAAAGUUAGAACAUGCUUCCAUGAAAUACAAAAUCAUUGGAUACGCUAUGAGAAAGUGGCUUCACAGAAUUAGUGUGCCGGAGAGGCAGUAUGACCUUUCAGAACUGGACGUCAUCGUGAGUUUAGAUAUAUGUCCCAAAUUCCUGACAAAUAAUGAAAAGGAUAAAAUAUUCCGCGUCCCCUGCUAUCACUCGUGUACCUACCAGGAGUUUAGGAAGAUGAACAACAAAUGUCUUCAGUAUCAUGGGGUCGAAGGUGGCGCCCUCAUUGACACAACAUCCAAUAAAUUAGUAGGGAUUGCGACAUGGACAAUUUCCUUCUCCAAAUAUGAAGUACCAGUUGGUUUUUCAGUUUUAAAUUCAAAGAAUUUCUUCGAUGAUUUCCGUUGUGCGAAACGGAUACGAAAUGACAAUGGUUUGCUAAUAGUGAAGGGAUAUUAUCAAAGUCUGUGCUGAUGACUGAUUAAAAUUGUUUUAUUUUUAUUAUCCUUAGACAAACUCAUAUAAAGAGUCUACACUUUGUAACGAACUAAUAGCUUCACUAGUGGUAAAACGUCGGCCCAACAAGUAUAAAAAAAAACUAGACUUCACUGGAGGACUGACCUAUAGACUGAU